AUGGUGCGCCCGGGAAUGAUGAGAAGCGGUGGUCGAGGCGGUAUGGGAAUGGGCAUGCGGGGCGUUCGCGGAGCUCCGUUUUUGAACAAGAAAACCUUCCUUCCUCGUCAUCCGUUCGAUUUGACGCUCGCCGAAAUGGCUUUUCCUCGGGUGCAAGCAGCACAGGAUGAUGCAGUGCUGACCAAUGCACUCGUGAAACGGAGCCAGGAUCUUACCCCGGCCGCUUCGGAGCAAACCGCAAUUUCCAACCUCGUCGCGAAGGUUCAGAGCGUGCUGGACAACAUAGUUCUUGCCCCCGGAGACUUUACCAAGUGCCAGCUAGAAGAGGUACGCCAGGUAGGAUCGUACAAGAAAGGCACUAUGAUGGCCGGGAACAACGUCGCAGAUAUUGUCAUAAUAUUGAAGUCUUUGCCAACGAAAGACAGCGCCGAAGUGUUGGGUAAGAAAGUGGAAGAAGACUUGGAAAAGUCUAUGAAAACAGAGGUUGUACCCAAAGCUGAGGCCCUCUCGCUGGCCUACUCGGAGAAGGGAUUCGAAAUUUCGAAUUCACUCGCAAAGGUUCGCUGUCUGAUUGCGACGCUGCCGCAAAACAUGCGCAAACUGGAGACGGAUAAGCAUUUGGAAUUCAAGAUCAUCCAAAGCCACCUGGCAGCCAUACGGCACACUCGAUGGUUCGAGGAAAAUGCACACCAUUCGACGAUAAAAGUACUCAUUCGUAUUCUCAAGGAUCUCUCCCGUCGCUUUGAUGGCUUUAAGCCGUUGAACCCGUGGAUUUGCGAUCUGCUCGCGCAUUCCGCCAUCAUGAACAACCCAAGCAGGCAAGCUCUGCCCGUAAAUGUCGCAUUCCGACGGGUAUUUCAACUGCUUGCUUCAGGGCUGUUCGUCCCCGGCUCGGCUGGCAUUACGGACCCAUGUGAGGUAGGCCACUUUCGCGUACACACAUCGAUGACGCUGGUUCAGCAGGACGAAUGCUGCAUGACGGCACAAACCCUGGUGCGCGUGCUGGCACACGGUGGGUAUAAGAACAUCCUCGGGUUUGUAGAAAACUCUACCGUCGCGAAGGAAAUGUCUGUCUGGGAUGGCGUUGUGGUUUCCCCGAUGGAACCCGCGUACGAGAAACCAUCGGAAAAGAAGGAAGGAGAAGAAGACGACAUGGAGUGCGUUGAGGGCGAAACUAUAGAUGAAACUGUAGAACAGCUAGAAUGAAUCUCUUGAAUCCUGCGAUAUCAGUUUAGUAUUAUCCGUUAGAGAUAUUAUUUUAUUUUAUACGUUUUUUUAUGAUUCUGGCUCAUGUAAGC